AUGGUGCGGGCCCAGCCUAGGUCAUGGCAGCCUAGGCGAGGAGCCCUUCGACCUGGUGACGUGGUCCCCGAUAUAGGGGAGGACCUUGAGCAGCAAGAUGUUGCUGCCGACGUGAAUGAGCCCAAUCAAGGAGACGAUCCUGGCGGCGGCCCGCCCGGAGAGCCUCCUGGUGAUCCUCUAGAAGGAGAAGGAGAUCCCUGGCGACGAGCUGAGGACCCCGGCGCGGCACCCUGGCAGCCACACCCGUGGCGUACUAGCCCGGUCUGGGGUGGAGAAUGGCAGGACCGGGUGCACCGGGGACACGACCAUGAUGAAUGGCAUGGCGCAGGCUGGUCACAAGGAAGCUGGGAUAGCAGGACUUCCUGGCCGGCAAGCGGCAUACUCAGCAGCAGACAGCUCAGGGACUUCCACACAGCUGAGUUACCCAAGAUAGGGAGUUUUGGCGAGCACGGCUGGCAAGGCGGCGGCGAGACGACUUCGAGAAGAAUGAGCUGGGCCACCGCCGGCCAGUGGGACAACGGCUGGCCGGCCGAUGCGCAGGCCCCCUGGAGCUGGGGCAAGGACAGGCCCACUGAGAAGGUUUCGGUGCCCGAGUUUGAGGGCACAGGGGCCGACGACUCGGAGAUCGGCAAGAGCGCGCGGAGCUACAUCCGGAAGGUCCAAGUUUGGCUUCGUUGCACGCGCUUGCCGCCAGAGCAGCGCGCUUUGGCACUCUACAAUGCCCUCUCCGGGCGUGCUUGGAUCUACGCGGAGGAGCUCGACAUGGACACCCUAGCCUCGGCCCAUGGUGUGCCCUACUACCUGGAAUGGGUGCAGACGAGGUUUGCGGAGGUCGAGCUGCACAAGAUCUCGCAGGUGAUGGGCGAUCUUUUUAAAAGUUGCAAGCGCCGCCCGGAGCAACCGAUCCGCGACUUCAUCGUCGAGUACGAGAGACUACUUCUUCGCCUUCAAGAAGUGCAGUGCGAGCUCCCGAGCAUGGUCAAGGCCUGGUUGUUUGUGGAUAAGCUCCGGCUGAGUGAGAGUGAGGAGCUAGCUUUGCUCUCAAGCGUGAACAACCAGUGGUGCGUGAAGCGGCUCCAGCAAGCCGCCCUCCUGCAAGAGAGGUCGUUUCGCAAGGCCGGCCAUCCGGGCAACGAAGGCAAGAACGGCUGGCGUGGGAACGGCCGUUGGCACAAGAACACCGUGCACAUGACCGCCGCCGCGGAGGAAGACGAUGAAAGUGAGGGCAGCGGUGGGGCUGCCCAUGAGUCGGACAGCGACCUGGUGCCGGAGGACGUGGCAGCGGACCACCACACGGCCUACGUCGCCUACCAGGCCGCUAAAGACCGCUACAAGGCGGCCACCCAGGGCCGUGGCACAGACCAAGCUGAGGUGAAGCGUCGUGCCGAAGAGCGCCUUAGGCUUGCAAAAAGCCGCAGCUUUUGCAGUGUAUGCAAAAGGCGGGGCCAUUGGCAUAAAGACGAUGCCUGCCCCUUGAAGGGAAAGAGGCCCGAGAACAACCACAACAGCCCCGAGAAGACGGCCCACGAGUGCCAUGCGGUCCACCUGGUGCACAUGACGGAGCAGGCCGCCGAGCCCGAUGGUGCGAUUCCCCCGGGCCCCGACGUGCUCACACCGUGGCUUGCCACCACGUUAAACACGAGGCGCGAGGAGACCUACCUGGAGGAGCCGAUCCGCGAGAACCCGGAGGGCACGAUCGACAAGGGCAAUUGUGCCCGGGGGGCCCAGACACCAUGUAGGGUGUACAUGGCGGGCCCAGGUGGAAAACACACGGCGGCGGCGCCCAUGCUGGCAAUCAUAGACACGGCCUGCACCAAGACCGUGGCUGGCCACGACUGGUUUGAAGCCUAUUGUGAGCUGGCUUCGGAACACGGCUUUGCGCCUGAGAUCGUGGAGGAGGUCGACCAUUUCAAGUUCGGGGCCUCCCGGACUCAUCGUUCGAACUUCUCGGUGCGCGCAUGGUUCGCCCUGUCGGGGCGCCUUUUCCAGACUUCUGUGGCCGUGGUCCCGUGCAAGGUGCCCCUCCUUUUGAGCCGGCCGGCCCUGAGCGCACUAGGCCUCAUCUACGAUGUUGCCGGCCAGACGGUUGCCUUUACAAAGCUGUUCCUGAGCAACCUCCCUUUAGAGUACAGUGCCACCGGCCAUCCUGCAAUACCAGUUGGCCAGUUUUGCGGCGCACGGCCGCCUACCGACAAGAGCCGAGCCGAGCAGCUUGUAUGGGUGCCCGAGCAGGAAGCAUACAUGGCGCACGGGGGCAUCACGGGGGAGGCGGCAUCAGGAGAUCAGGGCUUCAAGGCAUUGUUCUUCCCCAAGAAGGUCCCCACGGUCGUUCGUGAGAUGUUAGAGGGUGCUUGGGAUUCGGGAGGCCAGGGCUUCAUGGCAUGGUGGCGCACAGCAGAUCAGUCUAGAGACUUCUGGGUCGAGACCCCCACAGAGAUGAUCCGCGUUCACAUGGUGCCCCGUAAGAGCGUGAAGAGUUGUCUUGUGGACUUUGGGUCGGCCGCAGCCGAUUCUCCAAAGUGGCCAAGCCCCCGCCCGACUCCUUUGCGACCCGCGCGGAGGCACAUGGCCUCGACCACGUCCGUAUGGAAGCUCAAGAAGGCGGAGAUCAUCGAGGAGUUGCGCAGCUAUGGGGUUCCUUGCCACGAGCGGUGGCUGCUACCGGAGCUGCGGAACAUCUUGCAGGAGCAGCGCGCAGCCCGAGCACCACCGGCCGAGACCGACCCCAUGAAGGGGAUCUCCAAGCUGAGCCUCUCCGAGCUGAUCACGCGGUGCCAGGAGAACCAGAUCACCUUGCCUUCGAAGCCCACCCGGGGAGCCUUGAUUGCGCUUCUUCGUUCCUCGACCCAGGCCCCGGGGGAGAGACUGUUGCCCUUCGGCAAGUUUCGCGGCUGGAUGUACAAGGAGACUCCCGAGGGCUACCGGCAGUGGGCCCAGGCAGAAGUGGAGGCGAAUGCCAAUCACAGCCCCGACCUGGCGGCCUUCGCGAGCUGGGCAGCGGCCAAGGACGAGAAGACGAAGGAGAAGGCCACCAGCGAUGCCAACAAGACGAUCAAGGACCUGACCGAGGACCCGGAGGUGAACCCCAAGGUGCCGGUGCCCACCGCCAAGGCCCUGGGCUUAGCAGCUGGCGCGACAAGCUCAGACGAGCCUUCGGGACCGUGGGUCAAGGUGCCGGUGCGAGGGGCCGCGCCGAAGAGAUCCUGGCUGCGCCGCCCACGCGAGGACGAGGAGACCAGCGACCUGGAGGCCGAGAUUCCCGAGGAGGCGCAGCAGGAGAUAGAGAAGAUCGAGGUGAGCGAUGACGAGGCCGACGUGGGGCACGCCGAUUCCGAGGAUGGACGGCGGGACACGGGGCGGCCUUGCUACCACCACGAAAGCACCACGAGCGACUAUGAGGCCGCACCGGUAGCGGCACGGAACCCAAUCUAUAUCACUGAGGGUGACCUGGGCGAGGCCACCGACGAGGACGAGGAGCCCGAGGCCUACGACCAGAACGAGCAGGCCACCAUCCGUGAGAAGAUCGCCGCUGGAGCUCGCCGACGCAGGCGGGCAAAGGAAGGGCUAGGGAAGCGUGCUCAGCGCAGCCUGAAGGGAAUCCUCCAGGCAAUGGUCUGCUACUGCACGGUCGCGGCCGCUCACACAGCCGAGGUCUUGGAAGGCCCGGCCCGGGACCUAUGGAGCGUUUUCCAGAGCGAGCACUACGACCCCGGCGCUGGCGAGACCGGGGCCGACUUCUUGGAGAUCUUUGCAGGCAAGGCCCACAUCUCUCAGGCCGUGGCCCGGGCGAAGGGGGCCGUGCUGGAACCACUUGAUCCCCGAUACGGGCACGACCUCUACCACCAUGACUUCCAGGAGGCCGUCUUGGAGACUGUGGCGGCGGAGCGGCCACGGAUGAUUUGGGUGCACCCUCCGGACCGCCGUCGGGCGAGGGCGCGAGAACAAGGUCUAGUUCAUUUCCUGGAGCGCUUGGCCUCGGUCCAAAGUCGGAACCGCGGCUUUUUCGCGGUACAAAAUCCCCGUGGCUCGGAGCUCUGGCGGCACCCUGUCUUGGAAAACUGGAUUGAUGAGCAGCGGGCCGAGUUUGCCGAGGUUGACCUCUUCGGGGGCGGGCCCCGGGAUCAAGCAGCCACGGCCCCGAGACGUAAAGGGAUGUCGGUGUUGACUUCGUGCCCUGACCUUUCUGCGGCUAUCAACGCCCGCGACUUCGGCAACAAGCGGCUCACAGGACCCCCUGGAGUGGACUUGUGGGGCGAGGCAGCCCACCCCUAUGACUUCGCAAGGCUGGUUGCCAGGACAGUGCUGAAGGCCAACAGGCGCGGGAGCUACGAGGUGAUGGCUGCAGACGCUGGUGGCCCGAGUCCGUCCUCUUCGGCGGCACCGGCCGGGGAAGGCGAAGCCCAUGAGGAACCCGUGGGUGCGGACAGCAUCUCCUUUAAGGGCAAGGUCAACCCGGCUGUGGCACAGAUCUUGAAACGACUACAUCAGAACCUCGGCCACCCCCCGAACCGGGAGCUGAUACGGCAUCUUCGAAUAGGCGGGGCCGGCCCCGCCCUGGUGCAAGCAGCCGAACAGCUGGUGUGCCGCACAUGCAACCGCAGCACCAAGGCCAAGCUGCCCAGAGUGGCUAAACCCGUGGUCGCCUUAGACUUCGGAGAGGUGCUCUCCAUUGACGUCAUCUGGCUGGAGGCGGCUGACAGCGAGGGCGCGGACAUCCCUGCCCUCAACAUGGUCGACGUGGCCUCCACCUAUCAGGUGGUGUACCCCCUUGCUGGGACUAAGUCCGAGGACGCCGUGAAGGCUUUCAUGAACGGAUGGGUGAGUUGGGCAGGGGCGCCUCGCUUCUUGAUUGGGGACCUUGACUCCGCCUUCAAGGACCAGUUCCUGAAUUACCUCGACCAGCAGGCCAUCCACAUCCGCUGCGCGGCGGGCCAAGCACACUGGCAAAACUCGGUGGCAGAAAGGCAGGGCGAGAGCUGGAAGGCGGUAUGGAAGAAGCACGUGGAGGCCAAUUUGAUCCUUAAGGAAGAGGCCCCCGAGGCGAUUGCCGCUAUCAAUGCCGCGAAGAACAGCCUUAGAAACCGCUCCGGGUAUUCACCUCGCCAAUGGCUUUUUGGCGCGAAUCAGCGGCUCCCGGGCGAUCCUUUUGAUGCGCCCGAGGAGGACGGCAUCCACGACCUG